UUUGAGUGAGUGAUGGCGCAACUGAACAAUUAUUAACCGCUCCUGAUCUGAUCGAGAGGAUUUGCUCAACUUUGUCAGAUAAUAUUACAUUUCCGAACAAAAUGUUUCUCAGGUGUCUUGGAUUCAUCCUCGUCUUGUCUUAUCCUGGACAACUUCAUGCCCAAAGCCCAGCAGAGUCAUGUGCUGCUCCCCUUCUUGCGGGAGGUUUUUUAGUGCCUGAACUCAGAAACUAUUCGCAUGGAAGCACUCUGGCGUACGCUUGCAGCGCUGGACACAAACCAGCAGUGAAGGAGUGUUGGUGGGCUACCAGUGUCUGCCUCAAUGGUUUGUGGUCACAGAAACCACAAUGCAUUGAUAAAAACACCUGCUUCACACCAGAUAUUCCAAAUGCAAAAUACGAUAAAAGUCCCGACGGCUUGUGGUACAAAGAAGGAUCUGUCAUUUGGGUCAAAUGCGCCGAAGGAUAUAAACACAAAGCCGUGGGAGCAACAGCCACCUGUAGAGAGGGAGUUUGGUCAGCUUUGCCGCGUUGUGAGCGAAGUGACACAUCUUGUAAUGAGCCGCCUCGCAUCCCGCACGCCGUUAUCCUUGACAAAUACCGGGACGUAUUUGCUGCCGACGUUGAAGUUCGCUAUGAAUGUGAAGACGAAUACAGUGUUGAGGUUGCAACCACCAAGAAGUCCAUCUUUUGUGUUGCUGGGGCUUGGACACAAGCUGCAAGCUGCACAAUGCUCAAACCAGGUCCUGGAGAUGAUGGAGACACAUCUGGUGGCAGUACGAAACCUGUUGAUGGAAACAUAGGAAGGGGACGGGGUGGUGGUGCUACUGGUCCCGAUACUGGUGAUUCUACUGAUGCCAGAACUGAUGGAUCCUCAGCGACCGGAACACGUCCUGUAACCACUCCUGACAAGACUGGGACCCCCAGCUCACCCCUGCUCACAGAUGUUGACAACUGUGGAUCAUACCCAAAAGUUCCAAAUGGUGAUGUUGUGCGGAAAAGAGAAACGUUGUUAAGAUAUGCGUGUAAUGGUUUUUACAAAAGGGUCGGUCCACAGGACGUGGUGUGCUACGCUAAUGGCACUUGGUCGCAACCACCUACAUGCAAAGAAGCAUUUUGUCAAAUAAACUUGGAUGAGUACACCAGCUACAACUUCCAAGAAUCUGGAACGCUAAUUGUAAAGGAACGAGAAACCAAGAGCGUUCAGUGCAUCUGGUCUGAUUACACCAGCCAAAUUACGUGCAAACAAGGACAAAUUCGAGUCACCCCGUGCUGCCAUUACACGGACCACUAUAACCAAAGGUGCAACUAACUCAUGGUCAUCCCUUGGCAAACUGCCUCCACGUGAUGACAACAACAGUAGUUUUACAUGAUUAUGUCAUUAAAAAAAUAGGAACAUUUCCUUUCGAUUGUCUGCAA